GUUUAAAUUAGAAUGCAACAAAAGAACUCAUAAAUAGGCCACAGUAAUUUCCUCCAUCAUCUAUCAUCUUUAUAACCUUGCUCUUUUUCCUCUUAAAAAUUAAAAAUUCUCCAUUCAACCUCCACCAUAGCCACAGUUUUUCACCACCAAAUAUAUAUUUUCAUUCAAUUAAAAAAAAAAUAAAAGACAUAAAUCCUUAAAUUAUUUUCAAUAGAACCCAUAUUCAUAUAGUAUGGGCGAGACAUCAUUAAAACAUAUUUUAACAAGAUCAAUAAAAUUAGCAGAUCAAAUAACAAAAGCAUCUAAUGAAGUCAUACAUUUCAAAUCAGAAUGUCUUGAGUUACAAACUAAGACUAUAAAAUUAGGUGAGCUCAUACGCCAAGCAGCCCGUGCAAGUAACAACCUCUACGAGAAGCCGACUCGACGUAUCAUCAACGACACCCAACAAGUCCUUGAAAAGGCAUUGAUACUUAUCAACAAGUGUAAAACACGCUCUUUAUUCAAGCGCAUUUUUACCUUAGUCCCAAAUUCAGCCUUUCGAAAAAUAAUCACUCAACUUGAUAAUUCCUUAGGAAAUGUUACAUGGAUUUUACGUGCAACCAUCACACGUAACGACGACAUUGAAGACUCUAAAAUUAGUUACCUCGGUCUCCCACCCAUCGCGGCAAAUGAGCCAAUACUUUGUUUAAUAUGGGAGCAAGUGGCAAAUCUAUCGUCGGAGGAACGUACGGAUGCGGCCUCAUCGUUAGUGUCGUUAGCUAACGACAAUCAACGAUACAGAAAAAUGAUAGUCGAGGAAGGUGGUGUGGGCCCACUUUUAAAAUUGGCUAAAGAGGCAGGGAAUCCUAAAGGACAAGAAAAUGCAAUUCGUUGUAUAGGAGUUUUAGGGUGUGAUGAGGAAAGUGUUGAAACAAUUAUUGAUAGUGGGGUUUGUUCUAUUUUUUGCAAGUUGUUAAAAGAUGAUGGAGUUAUAAUGAAAGUAAAAGCAAUGGUAGCUUGGGCUAUUUCUGAGUUGGUUUAUAAUUACCCACAAUGCAAGGAUGAUUUUAUGCAAUUUAAUGUAAUUAGGGUUCUUGUUAAUCAUCUUGCUUUUGAGACCAUUGAAGAGCAUAACAAAUAUGCAAUUGUUGAGCGUAAUAAAAUGCAGGCUAUUAAUCAGAUUCAGCAGAAUAUGCAUAUGACUAAUCUGAUCUCGGAUAAUAUGAGACUGAUAAUAAAUGAAAAUAAUUAUAUUCAAAACCAUCAAGAUCAAGAGGUGAAAGUCGAGAUGAAAGCCAUGGCAGCACGGGCACUUUGGUAUUUAGCCAAAGGGAACACGUCCAUAUGCAGUAGCAUCACCGAGUCUAGAGCCUUACUAUGUUUCGCUACGCUCCUACAAAACGGCCAGGACGAUGUCAAGUACAACUCAGCCAUGGCAAUACUGGAGAUUACAAAUGUAGCGGAAAAAAACACCGAUUUAAGACAAAUUGCUUUCAAGCCUACAUCCCCUGCAACUAAAGCAGUGAAGGAACAACUUCUUAACGUAGUUACAAAUUCUAAUAACGCUAAAAUCUUGCUCCCUUGCAUCAAAUCACUCGGUAAUUUGGCACGAAUCUUUCGUGCUAAAGACACGACUAGAAUCAUCGAAAGCCUUGUAAGGCUUAUCGUUGAUGAAAACGAGAUUGAAGUUACGUUUGAGGUUGUCACUGCUUUGAUUAAGUUUGCUUGCUCAAACAAUUACUUACAUGUUGUGCAUAGUAAGUCUAUUAUUCAAGCUAUUUGUGUAAAGAAUUUGAUAAAAUUGGUGUAUUUUGGUGAGCAGAUGUUGCGAAUUCCAGCGUUGAAAUUGUUGUGUUACUUGGGACAAAAUGCACCUGAUAGUGAAGCGUUUACGCAAGAAGAUGUGCUUACGCCCCUAGAAUGGGCUAAGGAACAAGACUAUUUUAUGCAACAUCCUCAAAUUGGAGAUCUUUUAUUUAAGGCUACAAGUAUACUGGAACUUUACCAAUUAAGAGUACCUCGAUUAUAAAGGGUUAAUUUAUGGAUUCUUUUUAUGAGUUAGAACACACCUGUUUAACAAAAAUUAAUUAAUUGUCAAUUGUGAAAGUAAUUGCAAUAAGAUAUUUAUGAUGUUGGAACUUGAUCAUUCAUGGAAUAAAUUUUGCAUAUUAUUCAAUCA